AUGAAACGUCACUGUCAAAGGUCGGAUGCGAGAUUACGUGAUUUCGGCCCAACAUUUCCAGAUUACUCCACAAGGCGAAGCGAAGGUUGGCCAGGCUAGUGGUUAGCAUUUAAAAUUUGUGUAACAAACCGCACAUUAGCGAGGUUCCAACUAAAAGCUCACCAUGCCAGCAGUUCCCGGAAGCGUGUACGGACAAAACCAGCAGCCGUCCUGUUUCGAUCGGAUGAAAACAGGAUUCACCAUCGGAUUCUGCGUGGGAAUGGCAAGCGGUGCGCUGUUUGGGGGAUUCUCCGCUUUGAGAUACGGAUUACGAGGACGUGAGCUGAUCAACAACGUCGGUAAAACUAUGAUUCAGGGCGGAGGCACAUUCGGCACCUUCAUGGCCAUCGGAACCGGAAUUAGAUGUUAGUCAAUGUUAGUUUAUAAGGCACUGUUGUCAGUUCAAAAUCGCGUUUUAGUAUGUGGAAUCAAAUAAAACCAAAUGAGUUACACGAAUGAAUGGCAACAGAAA